ACGACAACGGUCACCGGUCGCGCUGUGACAUCAACAUUGAACGCGCGCGGUCACUCGCAUCACUCCACCAUGCAGACCUGCUACUUCCCUCAGCUGCCUUAUCUUAUGCAGGACCAUGCAGCGCUAUCAGCCACCCAGUCAUCUACUGAAGAUGUGCUGGACUUUGCCACAGGGGAGUGUCAACCCAGUCACAGGCAUUUGAUGACACAUGAAGACCACACAGAUCUGGAUCUCUCUCUAGAGCUGAAUAGACAGCUUCAUGCCAAACUCAGGAGAAAGCAAGAGGAAAUAUCUGCCCUGAAGGAGACAAAUUCCCAGCUGAGAAACCUGGCUAAACAGACUGAACACUACGCCACGAUACUAGAUGCCCUGACAACAUCGUUCCAGAGAGAUUCAGUAUCACACUGCACUCUUGCGAGGCCAACAGAGGACCAUUCUUCUGAACACUCCUGGAUCUCUCUGCUGACACAGGAAGAGCCAUCAGAUGCAUCUUCCACCGCUUUAUCUAAAUCCACCACUGCUGACACAGAAAGCCCUACAUCAGGCGUCAAGCGGCAGCUGUGGUCCAGCUGGAAUGACCUUCUCUGUGAAGAUGCUGAGGACACCUGUUUGAACUGUCCGGCCAGUUCCAAGCAGCCCAGGCUUGAAAGUGAACUUGUACAGCUAGACUUGGAGCAUCUGAAAGCCCAGCUGGACCAGGAUGAACAGGCUCCUCAGCAACUAAGAGAAGAUUCAGACCUGACCCAGAAUCAAAGCCUUGAGAUGUCAUCUGAAGGGUUGAAUGUGCAGAGGGUGAACAUAUUUGGGGCUUUCCAUGGAUUUCAGGUGGUUACAGAAAUCCCAUCCGUCAUAGCUGACCUGAACAUAAGUGGUGAUGAUGGAAAAGUGUGCUUUAAGACCGCAAUCAGGGACCACAGUACAGUGAAGACCAAGGUUUUCCCAAAUGGAAAGGCUUUCACCUCUCACACACCAACUGGAUCUUGUAGAUUCCUGUGGGUUCCUACUGAGCACUGAAAAUGUUAGUUCACCCAAAAAUGAAAAUUCUGUCAUUAAUUACUCACCCUCAUGUA